AUGGAACGGAAGUUAAGUAGCUCAGGUAGAUCCUUAUCCACACAAUCUCUAACACACAAACUCCAAGCCAUUCGAAGUAACCCAAACGUCAGCAAAAUUUCAAGGUCUUCUGACUCCGCUCGAGACCUCAUAAAAAAAGCCACCCUAUCCCCAGAAUGUAAAAUAAAACCUCGGAUUUUUAACCAAACCCGAAGUUCCCUUGAACUCACUUACAAACUAACAGAAAAUAAGCCUUUUUCCAGCACUUUUAGGAACCUCGUUACAAGUCGAGAAAGCAGUUCUAAAGAAAUCAUAAACCUCAUAAGGAGCCAUCAUCAAAAUUAUUUAUCCCAAAACAAAGAAAUACUGCAGCCUCGAAUUUCCCGGGAAAAGCCAUCCCUUUAUUUAUCAAAUCUCAAGCAUAGUGAUUUACAGAUGAAAACACAAAGCGACCCAAACACCCGAAGAGUGACUUCUGAACGAAGCAGGCCUCAUUCAAGAAGAGGCUCCGCAGACGUCCCAAUAGUAAAAAAAACUCUCCAAAGCCACGUGGUACAGGUCUGCUUUAAAACUCGCACAGGCUCAGUUGCCGGCAAGAAAAAGCCUAACAACCAAGACAAUUUUCUUAUUGAGAGCAAUUUCGCAAGGACUGAAAAUCAGUUUCUUUUUGCAGUUAUGGACGGGCAUGGGCUUAACGGCCACGAUGUGUCUGCCUUUGUAAAAAGGGUUCUUCCUCUGCAAAUAGAAAAUCUAUUACCAAUGGACUGUAAUAAUAAUUUAGUUCAUGCAAAGCUGGAAGAUCCUCUGCCUCAAGAAGAUAUUUUAAAGCUAAAGCAGGUACUUCUGAGAGCUCAUUUGGUAACAAAUAGCGAUUUAAAUCACUCAAAAGCAAUUGACAUAAGCUACUCAGGCACCACUUCUGUAUCAGUUUUACUGAGAGGGAAGCUUCUGCUUUGCUCUAAUGUAGGAGACUCAAGGGCAGUUUUGGGCAGAUAUGACCAUGGGAAGUGGUCUGCGAUCCCUUUGUCAAGAGACCACAAGCCUAAUGACUUGCAUGAACAAAGCAGGAUUGAAAGACAUGGCGGAAGAGUGGAGCCCUUCCGGCAGCCUUCAGGCAGAUUUUUAGGCCCAUCUCGUGUUUGGAUGAAAAAUGAACAAAUCCCAGGCCUCGCCAUGUCAAGAUCUAUAGGUGACCAUGUAGCUUCUCAAGUAGGUGUAAUUGCAGAGCCAGAAAUUACUGACUCCUCUCUUUUAAUUUUUAGCAAAAAUUUUUUUUCAAUUUAUAGAGGGCUAAAAAAUUUUAAAAAAUAAAAAUAUAUAAAUGAACACAAAAUAUAAGAUUUUUAAUUUAUUUUCUCGAAGAAUUAAUUCACAAAAUCAAUGGAUUUAGCACAUAAAUUGUUUAAAUAAUAUUAAUAGGUAAAAACUAAUUUUAUAAAAAAUCGGUAUUUUCACCUAUAAAAUUUCCCUAUGAAACAAAAAAUUUUAGCAAUUUAAAGAUAGACUAUAAUACCCAAAAAAUAGAAAUUUUACUGAAAUUUUGUUCCAAUUUAAAGGGGAGUGAGCGUAUCUUAACAGCUGGAGACAAAUUUAUAGUAAUUGCGUCAGAUGGCCUCUGAGAGUUCAUCAGCAAUGAAGAAUGCAUAAACCUUAUUUCAAACCACUAUGAAACCAGCAGUUUUGAGCCUUCUUGCGACAAGCUUGUCAAUGAAGCUGUGAAGCGCUGAAAGCAAGAAGAUGAGGUGAUAGACGACAUCACCCUGAUAAUUAUUUAUUUAAAUAUACCUUAUAAAAACUCUGAUACCAUUAAUUAUUUAUUGUCGUAUAGCAGCGAUAUAUUACAAAUAGGCAUAUGUAG